ACUUUGAGCGGUCGGUCUGUCGGUCGGACGGAGAGGAUAUAGUUGAAUGUUUUUGGAGCUCAACAUUGCCAGAAAUGCUCAUUUGAAGCAGAAUUGAUUCUUGAAAAGCUGAAUGAUAGUCUUUGGUAGCGUGCAUAUCUGGAAAAUGCGUUUGAGACAAUGAUAGCAUUGCACAGACAGCCGGCGGGGAAGAAUGGCUGGAAGUGUUGUGUUAACGUUGGCUGUUAACUAGCUAACGUUAGCACUAGCCAACUGACUAACGUUAGCUAGCUAAACCGCCACAUUCACUGCGCAUGAACUCAUUACAUUGGGAUUUAUUAGGACUGGAAAUAUAGCUAGCUAGCAAGAUAGUCGCUUACAUUAUUACAGUUGUCUUACAAUAUUUAAUGCGUGGAAAGCCUUGAGCAUCACUGUUGAUUUUUUGUGGAUACAGGAAGAACUUUCCAGUCCACACGACCAUCGCGUCAAACCCGUAGUUAACGAACAUGAUCAAAUUCAUAUACCGUAUCAAUGCAUGAAAUCAAGAUGAACAGGAAGAAGGACAAGGGAUUUGAGAGCCCGCGGCCUUUUAAAUUGACUCACCAGGUUGUCUGCAUCAACAACAUCAACUUCCAAAGAAAGUCUGUGAUUGGCUUUGUGGAGCUGACCAUCUUCCCAACUGUGGUCAACCUGAACCGGAUCAAACUCAACAGCAAGCAGUGCAGGAUCUACAGGGUCAGAGUCAACGACCUGGAAGCACCAUUCAUUUACAAUGACCCUACUCUAGAGGUCUGCCACCACGAGUCCAAGCAGAGGAACCUGAACUAUUUCUCCAGUGCCUACACAGCAGCAGUCAGCGCCGUGGACCCAGAUGCUGGACACGGCGAGCUGGUCAUCAAAGUCCCCUCGGAGCUGUGGAAGCAGGGAGACGAGAUGAAUGUGCUGAAGGUGUACAUUGAGUUCUCUCUGGACCAGCCUAAAGGAGGCCUUCACUUUGUGGUGCCUGACGUAGAGGGGAGCAUGGCUGAGAGAGGAGCACACGUCUUCUCCUUCGGAUACCAGAACUCCACAAGGUUCUGGUUCCCCUGUGUGGACUCGUACUCUGAGCUGUGCACCUGGAAGCUGGAGUUCACAGUGGAUGCCUCUAUGGUGGCUGUGUCCUGUGGGGACUUGGUAGAGACGGUCUAUACCCAUGACAUGAGGAAGAAGACCUUCCACUACGUCCUCCCCAUCCCCACCGCUGCCUCCAACAUCUCACUGUCUGUCGGGCCCUUUGAGAUCCUGGUCGACCCCUACAUGCAUGAGGUGACCCACUUCUGUUUGCCCCAGCUCCUGCCCCUGUUGAAACACUCCAUGUCCUACCUGCAUGAGAUCUUUGAGUUCUACGAGGAGAUCCUGACCUGUCGAUAUCCUUACUCCUGCUUCAAGACUGUGUUUGUGGACGAGGCCUACGUCCAGGUGUCUUCCUACGCGUCCAUGAGCAUCUUCAGUACUAAUCUGCUCCACAGUGCCCUGAUCAUAGACCAGACCCCCCUGACCAGACAGUGUUUAGCUCAGGCUCUGGCCCAGCAGUUCUUUGGCUGCUUCAUCUCCAGGAUGUCCUGGGCUGAUGAGUGGGUGCUGAAGGGGAUCUCUGGCUACAUCUAUGGUCUGUACCUGAAGAAGACCUUUGGAGUGAACCAGUACCGCCACUGGAUCAAAGAGGAACUGGACAAGAUGGUGGAGUAUGAGCUGAAGAUGGGAGGAGUUCUCUUACACCCGACCUUCGGUGGAGGCAAAGACAAGGACAAUCCUACCCCUCACCUCCACUUCUCCAUCAAGCACCCUCACACCCUGUCCUGGAAGUACUAUAAGAUGUUCCAGUGUAAAGCCCACCUGGUCAUGAGGCUCAUUGAGAACAGGAUCAGCAUGGAGUUCAUGCUGCAGGUGUUCAACAAGUUACUAAGCCUGGCCAGUACAGCGUCCUCGCAGAAGUACCAGUCACACAUGUGGAGUCAGAUGCUGGUAUCCACCCACAGCUUCCUCAAGUCCAUCUCCAACGUGUCGGGGAAGGACAUAGGACCCCUCAUCAAGCAGUGGGUAGACCAGAGUGCGGUGGUGAAGUUCUUUGGCAGUUUUGCCUUCAACAGGAAACGGAACGUUCUAGAACUGGAGAUCCGACAGGACUACACCUCCUCUGGAACACAGAAAUAUGUGGGACCCAUCAAGGUGACAGUACAGGAGCUGGAUGGAUCCUUCAACCACACGCUACAGAUCGAAGAGAACAGUCUGAAGCACGACAUCCCCUGCCACUCCAAGAGCAGACGAAACAAGAAGAAGAAGAUCCCUUUGAUGAACGGGGAGGAGGUUGACAUGGACCUGUCUGCUAUGGAUGCGGAUUCUCCCUUGCUGUGGAUCCGGAUCGAUCCAGACAUGUCCAUCCUGCGUAAGGUGGAGUUUGAGCAGGCAGACUUCAUGUGGCAGUACCAGCUCAGAAGUAUCUUCCUCAGGUACGAGCGGGACGUAGUGGCCCAGGAGGAGUCUAUUUUAGCCCUGGAGAAGUUCCCCACGCCGGCCUCCCGUCUGGCCCUCACUGACAUCCUAGAACAGGACCAGUGUUUCUACAAGGUCCGCCAGGGGGCCUGCUUCUGCCUCGCCAAGAUAGCCAACUCCAUGAUGAGCACGUGGACCGGUCCUCCAGCCAUGAAGUCUCUGUUCACCAGGAUGUUCUGCUGUAAGAGCUGUCCAAAUAUCGUCAAGACCAACACCUUCAUCAGCUUCCAGAGCUACUUCCUACAGAAGACCAUGCCUGUAGCCAUGGCUCAGCUCAGAGACAUCCAGAACCUCUGUCCCAAAGACGUCCUCAACUUCAUCCUGGACCUCAUCAAGUACAACGACAACAGGAAGAACAAGUUCUCCGACAACUACUACCGUGCCGAGCUGAUUGACGCCCUCACCAACUCCCUGACCCCGGCCAUCAGCAUCAGUAACGAGGUGCGCACCGUGGACAACCUCAACGGAGACGUACGUCUCAUCCUGGAGGAGAUCACACGGUCUCUGAACAUGGAGAAACUACUGCCCAGUUACCGCAACACCAUCACUGUCAGUUGUCUCAGAGCUAUCCGGAUGCUUCAGAAGAAUGGUCAUAUUCCCAGUGACCCCUCUCUGUUUAAAUCCUAUGCAGAAUACGGACACUUUGUGGAUGUGCGUGUCGCAGCACUGGAAGCUGUGGUGGACUACACAAGAGUUGACAGGAGCUCCGUGGAACUGCAGUGGCUGCUCAACAUGGUCCAGAAUGACCCGGCUCACUACGUCAGACACAAGAUCCUAAGCAUGCUGGGUAAAAACCCUCCCUUCACCAAAGCAGCCGAGUCUCCACUCUGCAACGAGGCUCUGGUCGACCAGCUGUGGAAACUCAUGAACUCAGGUACGUCUCAUGACUGGCGGUUGCGGUGUGACGCUGUGAAUCUGUACUACACUCUGUUUGGUCUGACGCGUCCCUCCUGUCUGCCUCUGCCCGAGCUGGGCCUGGUACUCAACCUCAAGGAGAAGAAGGCCGUCCUCAACCCCACUAUCAAGCCUGAACAGGGACCAGACACCACAGAGAUGACUGGCAACACCAUGGGCGUUCAUAUCCCUGUCAUGGGCUUCACUAGCAGUCUGGAUGAGGGCCUGAUCACCAUGGAGACAGUGUCCAGCGUGUCUAUGUCCAGUGGCGUGGCCCCGCCCCCUCAGGGUCUGAAGAGGAAGUUGGACAGUGUAGUUGGCCCGCUGGGCUCGUCCCCACCGGAGCCAGGCCAGGUACUGCAGGAAGAGGACAGCAGUAAAAAAUUCAAGAUCAGAUUUAACACCAUGGAGGAAGAUGAGAUUGACAUGGAGAGUCCCCAUGACAGCCAGGCGUUCAUCCACCACCACCUCAACAUCCUGGAGAGGCCGUCCACACCAGGUAAGGAACCUCCAGCCGUGGACCAGGCAGUCCUCUCCCUGCCUGUCACCCCCUUACCUUCUUCCUUCAGCAAAGAGUCCACCUCUUCCUCCAAACACAGCGGUCAUCACCACCACCACCACGAGCACAAGAAGAAGAAGAAGAAGAAGCACAAACAUAAACACAAACACAAACAUGAGAGUAAAGACAAGGAGAGGGACUCCCAUGCCUUCAGUAACAGCCCUGCUAGUGGACGCUCCGUGAGGUCACCAUCCAUGUCUGACUAGAACACAGCUCUGCCUCCUGGUUGGUCCUUCAGUAACAGCCCUGCUAGUGGACGCUCCGUGAGGUCACCAUCCAUGUCUGACUAGAACACAGCUCUGCCUCCUGGUUGGUCCUUCAGUAACAGCCCUGCUAGUGGACGCUCCGUGAGGUCACCAUCCAUGUCUGACUAGAACACAGCUCUGCCUCCUGGUUGGUCCUUCAGUAACAGCCCUGCUAGUGGACGCUCCGUGAGGUCACCAUCCAUGUCUGACUAGAACACAGCUCUGCCUCCUGGUUGGUCCUUCAGUAACAGCCCUGCUAGUGGACGCUCCGUGAGGUCUACAUGUCUGACUAGAACACAGCGCUGCCUCCUGGUUGGUCCAGAGCUGUGAAGCAUCACCCUCAAGACUAGACUCCAACUGUCAGUGGUUCAACUCCUCUGAAUAGACCUUACUGGUUUGCUGCUUGUCAACUAGCCUGGAAUCCACACUAAAUAUUGCUGUUUCACUGUUUGAAUCGGAGCAAUGUUUAGUUUGGAUUUGGAAAAUGGAGCAAUAUUCAGUGUGGAUCCACGGCUGACCCUGCAGUCAGUGUAGGUCGAGGGGGGGAAUGUGUGUAGCCUAACCGACAUUCUGUGACGUCUUCAUUAACCACACGGAGAGGCAGACCUGUGGGCCUCUCCAGAAGGGAGCCCCUUUGGUUUUAAAAGCAUCCCAGUCUCCAAUCACCUUAACCACACACAUACACACCCACCACACACACACUUCUGUCUGUCUCCUACCAUCAUCAACAACAUUUUCAGUUAGUGGCUGUCCUCACAAGGGAACCUCUUCAGCCUGUUAAACCCGGUCUCACAGACUGCCUCUAGUCUUUCCCCGGGUUUUAUUACGUUGCCCCGGACAUUGAAUUACAGGUUUACUUUAACCCUGCAAUUAAACUAAGAGGGGAAAUUCCACUCUCAUUCAGAGACCCAAUCAAUGCAAAGGUGGUAGAAUCAAGAAUGAGAUGUUUCUAAAUGUUUAGGAUGUAGAAUUUAUAGCAAAAUAUAAAUUGUCUCUAAUUAGGCUGACCUGCAGUAGACCAUGACUGUUUGCGUUCUAAACCGCACCCUAUUCGUUGUAUAGUACACUACGUUUGACCAGGACCCAUACGGCUCUGGUCAAAAGUAGUGCACUAUAUUGGGAAUAGGGUGCCAUGACUAAUAGCCUAAUUGCUGCCCUGUAUGACAUCACCAUACUGAAGAGUCAUUGGGUUGUUCCAUACCUGUCUCUAUUGCAUUCAUAUGGCACUGUUUCUACCCAUGCAUGUUUUAACUGUUUGUUUUUACUGGUAAGUCAUUAGAUUGUGUCCUUCUUGUCCCUCACCCAAUCAGUAACUAGAUUGUGGAUGGUCUCCUUGUCCCUCACCCAAUCAGUAACUAGAUUGUGGGUGGUCUCCUUGUCCCUGACCCAAUCAGUAAGUGUUCUUUAUAUUCAUUAUGUACUGCAGUUGUGUUGGAACCUUUUCUUCCCGGUUGGACAUGACUACAUCAUAAAGACGUUGGAAAAUAAAGCUUCUGAAGGCAA